UUAUGUGGGUACAGUAGUUAUCUACUCUUAGGCAACUAAAAUAGUUCAGUCAUGCUAGUUGAAGUACACUUAGCACUGGAUCUCAAGGGUUGAAGUUGUGAGGGGAUAGAUUAAAUCCUUAAAGGUGAUUUACAGAAGGAGAUCUUGGAGAAACCUAGAUGGAGCCUACUGUAUGUAUUAUCAUCAUUUGAAUUACUCUUUUUACAUAAUGAUAUAGAUCAAAAAUGCAACAGAAGAAUUCUUCUUGAUCUGAAAGUAUGAGCGAACAUUUCUGUGGAUGACGUUGGCGUGGUGGAUCUGGAGGGUUUACAUGACAGCCCAGGAUGAAUAAGGCAUAUCCGGCUCUGGAAUUUUUUUGCACGCUUUUCACGCCCUUUUCACGCGCUAUCACGUGCUUUUCACGUCCUUUUACGUGCUUUUCACGUGCUUUUCCAUAAGCGUUGUAUCAGUUUUCCGGUCAAUAACAAUGGAAAAUUCAAAGACAACAGUUCAAUGCACCGACUUGUCGAUCAACUCUGAAAGGCCAGACGACUGCUCAAACGUAAUACGUCCUAAUUUACAUGGGAGCAGCUCUGUUAGACCAUUCCAUGCUGCAAUUGGGGGACUAACCAAUGAAGACCAAGAGGAGCUGCAGCGUCUGAAGUGGGGGCGGACCUGUAAGGUGUGCCUGGACAGUUCUGGCCAAGGCCAUCCAUUCUCUGUCCAGGAUAGGUGAUGAACUUUACCUGGAGCCUCAGGAAGAUGGCCUGGCCCUACGGUCUGUAAACUCCUCGCGAUCUGCGUAUGCAUGCUUCCUCUUUGCCCCACUCUUCUUUAGCAGGUACACCAUCCCACGUGGCCAUGCUUUCCGCUGCAAGAUGGCCAUUAAGUGCGUCCAGGCCGUGUUCAGGUCCCUGUCCUCUCUGGAGAAGACGGUGGUGAAAUGUCACAUGGAGCUGGACGGAGAGAAGAGCCGCCUCACCUUCACCCUGCACUGCAAGCACGGUCUGCUGAAGACACACAACCUGUCUUUCCAGGACAGCGAGAGUCUGCAGGCCGUGUUUGACAAAGGAAGCGCCGUCAACGUGCUCCGCGCCCAACCCAAGUUGCUGGUGGACACUGUCCUGCACUUCCCUCCCUCUCUGGAAGAGGUGAGCGUGACGGUGAGCGCUGAGCGGGUGUGGUUCAGGAACCACGUGGACGACGAGGCGGAGCGGUCCAAGGCCAUGCUGACCGAGCUGUGUUUGUGUUCGGAUGAGUUUGACCACUUUGCUGUCGGGUGUCAGACCUGCGUCACCUUCUGCCUUAAAGAGCUGAGGGGCUUGCUGAUGUUCGCAGAGUCGGCUAGUCUCCCUGUCUCAGUGCACUUUGAUGAACCAGGAAAGCCCGUGGUACUGUCUGUAACAGACAGUGUCCUGGAAGUUAACUUUGUGCUCGCCACACUGUUGGACGACUCUCAACCCAGUAACCAUAACAACAACAACACAAAAAGAGCUCCCUCGCGGCCCCCGCCUGACGACUUCAUGAACGACGACAUAGACUCUUACCUCAUCGCCAUGGAGACCAGUGAGGUAGCGGGUCCUUCUGUUACGCGUUGCCCCUCCCCCGACUGCCCUGUCAAAACCCCUAUACCAGCCAAUAACAGAGCUAGACUGGACAGUGAGGAGGAAGAGCAGGAGGAAGAUGCUGACCAGAUAGAGAGACCACCCAAUAAAAAGUUCCGUUCCCUAUUUUUCGGAUCCGUGUUCCCCACGUCCUCCCAGUUGACCAAUCAGACGAUCAAGAGCCAGGAAGUGCUAGCCAGUGACAGCGAGGAUGAUGCUCAAAAGGCAUCGCCGUGACGGACAUGGGAAGCAGACGGGAUGUUAGGACUGAGUUUGUGUGUAAUAUCUGAUGGAAGUCUGCCAAAGACAGAGAUGGAUCCCAUUGAACAUGAACAUUACUAGGACUGUACUGACACGGGACUGCACUGUAUGGAUAUUGUUUCUCUCUUAAAAUACAUUUCUAGGAUCUGAACAUAUGGGAUACAGCUUUCUCUUCUUAAUAUGGUAUUUGCAGCGUUGCUACGGGAACCGCACUGACAUGUUUUCCUGGGAGUCAGGAAACAAAAACAAA